AUGACAGGAGGAUCAAUGUUCAAGACAUUGUUGCUACUAAUAUUUGUACAAGUGUUUUUUGUUACUUGUUGGGCUACAACUCAUACAAGUAGAAGCAAAAUCUAUGUUGCAAAAGAUGGGACUGGAGAUUUCUACACUAUUGGAGAAGCUGUUGCUGCAGCUCCAAACUAUAGUAAAACACCCAUUUAUAUUAUGAUAAAGAAGGGAGUUUACUUUGAAUAUAUUAUAAUUGAAAUCGAGAAGACAAAUAUAGCUUUCAUCGGGGAUGGUAUGUACAAAACCGUUAUAUCUGGAAACAGAAGCAGUGCUAGUGGUCUUCAAAUGGAUCACACAGCAACAGUUGCAAUUUUUGGAGUUGGUUUCAUUGCAAAGGGAAUAUCCUUCAAAAAUACAGCCGGUCUAGGGUACCAAGCUGUUGCCCUUAAAAGUAAAGUUCAAUCUGCCUUUUAUAAGUGCAGUUUUCAUGGAUAUCAAGACACUCUAUACACUAAACAUGGAAGACAAUUCUAUAGAGAUUGUGUAAUCUAUGGGAAAACCGAUUUCAUAUUUGGGAAUGCUGCAGUCGUUUUUCAGAAUUGUUUUAUUAUUGCGCUUAAUAGGGGAGGGACUAUAAUAACGGCUCAAGGAAGGGAAGGUCCUAAUGACAAAGGAGGAACAAUACUACAUAAUUGCACAAUAACAUAUGAUCAUCAUCGUAGAUCAUCAUCCUUUAAUACAUACUUGGGGAGACCAUGGCAGUUAUAUUCCAGGGUUGUUGUGAUGCAAAGUUUUAUAGAUGAUUUUAUUGAUCCUAAGGGAUGGCUUAAUAUCAAAGAGACAAAUCUCGAUAAAUUAUUUUACGCAGAAUAUAAAAACCGAGGUCCUGGUGCUAACACUACAGGUAGAGUUAAAUGGCCGGGAUACAAAGUGUUUACUAAGCCAAACCAAGUGUUACGAUUUACCGUUAAUAACUUCAUUCAGGGGAAUGAGUGGAUACCCUCUACUGGUAUUCCAUUUAUUCCAGUGUUUUUUGUUACUUGUUGGGCUACAACUCAUACAAGUAGAAGCAAAAUCUAUGUUGCAAAAGAUGGGACUGGAGAUUUCUACACUAUUGGAGAAGCUGUUGCUGCAGCUCCAAACUAUAGUAAAACACCCAUUUAUAUUAUGAUAAAGAAGGGAGUUUACUUUGAAUAUAUUAUAAUUGAAAUCGAGAAGACAAAUAUAGCUUUCAUCGGGGAUGGUAUGUACAAAACCGUUAUAUCUGGAAACAGAAGCAGUGCUAGUGGUCUUCAAAUGGAUCACACAGCAACAGUUGCAAUUUUUGGAGUUGGUUUCAUUGCAAAGGGAAUAUCCUUCAAAAAUACAGCCGGUCUAGGGUACCAAGCUGUUGCCCUUAAAAGUAAAGUUCAAUCUGCCUUUUAUAAGUGCAGUUUUCAUGGAUAUCAAGACACUCUAUACACUAAACAUGGAAGACAAUUCUAUAGAGAUUGUGUAAUCUAUGGGAAAACCGAUUUCAUAUUUGGGAAUGCUGCAGUCGUUUUUCAGAAUUGUUUUAUUAUUGCGCUUAAUAGGGGAGGGACUAUAAUAACGGCUCAAGGAAGGGAAGGUCCUAAUGACAAAGGAGGAACAAUACUACAUAAUUGCACAAUAACAUAUGAUCAUCAUCGUAGAUCAUCAUCCUUUAAUACAUACUUGGGGAGACCAUGGCAGUUAUAUUCCAGGGUUGUUGUGAUGCAAAGUUUUAUAGAUGAUUUUAUUGAUCCUAAGGGAUGGCUUAAUAUCAAAGAGACAAAUCUCGAUAAAUUAUUUUACGCAGAAUAUAAAAACCGAGGUCCUGGUGCUAACACUACAGGUAGAGUUAAAUGGCCGGGAUACAAAGUGUUUACUAAGCCAAACCAAGUGUUACGAUUUACCGUUAAUAACUUCAUUCAGGGGAAUGAGUGGAUACCCUCUACUGGUAUUCCAUUUAUUCCAGUGUUUUUUGUUACUUGUUGGGCUACCACUCAUACAAGUAGAAGCAAAAUCUAUGUUGCAAAAGAUGGGACUGGAGAUUUCUACACUAUUGGAGAAGCUGUUGCUGCAGCUCCAAACUAUAGUAAAACACCCAUUUAUAUUAUGAUAAAGAAGGGAGUUUACUAUGAAUAUAUUAUAAUUGAAAUCGAGAAGACAAAUAUAGCUUUCAUCGGGGAUGGUAUGUACAAAACCGUUAUAUCUGGAAACAGAAGCAGUGCUAGUGGUCUUCAAAUGGAUCACACAGCAACAGUUGCAAUUUUUGGAGUUGGUUUCAUUGCAAAGGGAAUAUCCUUCAAAAAUACAGCCGGUCUAGGGUACCAAGCUGUUGCCCUUAAAAGUAAAGUUCAAUCUGCCUUUUAUAAGUGCAGUUUUCAUGGAUAUCAAGACACUCUAUACACUAAACAUGGAAGACAAUUCUAUAGAGAUUGUGUAAUCUAUGGGAAAACCGAUUUCAUAUUUGGGAAUGCUGCAGUCGUUUUUCAGAAUUGUUUUAUUAUUGCGCUUAAUAGGGGAGGGACUAUAAUAACCGCUCAAGGAAGGGAAGGUCCUUAUGACAAAGGAGGAACAAUACUACAUAAUUGCACAAUAACAUAUGAUCAUCAUCAUAGAUCAUCAUCCUUUAAGACAUACUUGGGGAGACCAUGGCAGUUAUAUUCCAGGGUUGUUGUGAUGCAAAGUUUUAUAGAUGAUUUUAUUGAUCCUAAGGGAUGGCUUAAUAUCAAAGAUACAAAUCUCGAUAAAUUAUUUUAUGCAGAAUAUCAAAACCGAGGUCCUGGUGCUAACACUACAGGUAGAGUUAAAUGGCCGGGAUAUAAAGUGUUUACUAAGCCAAACGAAGUUUUACGAUUUACCGUUAAUAACUUCAUUCAGGGGAAUGAGUGGAUACCCUCUACUGGUAUUCCAUUUAUUCCAGUCGUUACAGAUGUUGUUCCCGUUUCUCUUGAUCUCUCGGACAAUAAUCUAAGCACAUCAAUUCCUCAAGACUUUGGUGAGCUUAGAUAUCUAACAAGAACUCUCAAUCUGUCAUUCAAUCAUUUCUUCGACACUCUUCUUACUUCCUUGGGUGAUUUGCUGAUGACUGUCAAUUUCGAUCUCCAUGACAACAAUGUCAACAGUGAAUUCCUCAGUCAUACCAUCAACGACACUGAAAACCCGCCUUUGAAAAGGGGGCUUAAUCCAGGCAAGUGGUCCAAAAAUGAUAUUGUUGAUGACGACGUUGAUAAUGUUGGUAGUGAUGAUGAUGACGAAUCAAAUAACGACGAUGAUGUUAACGAGAGUAUUAUAAAAGAAGAGAAUACAAUGUUUAUCGAAGAAACUGUUAAUUGUGGUGAUGAAUAG